UGUAUUUUCGGCGAAUGCGAACGCGAUAGAUCCAAAUUUUACAAAGAACUGAAAAAGAAAUUGAGUGGAAGACUAGUUUUUCGUUAGUGGAAAGCCAACAACAUUGACUCUAAAAUCUCAGUGGAAGAAUGGCUUCUGGGUGGGGAAUCUCCCGGAGGAUACGAACAUAUAUGCGGACACAUGCACGGACACGUCGAGCACAAGUGCGGCUUCUCCAUCGUCUUCUUCCAUUAUUCUUCUAGAUCCAUGGAGAUACUCUUAAUAAUUCAAAUGUGUUGGUUUAAUCUCACCAUCACGUAAUUUACUUCAAACAUGGUCGCUAUAUACAACAAUAAAUCAGUUGAAAAUACAUUUUGGGAUAUUUCAAUUUUUAUGUAAUAUACAUUGUGUGUGUUUGUGUGUGUGUGUGUGUAUAUAUAUAUAAUAUAGAUAUUCGAAGUCUUUCCGUGUUGAAAAUUGCAACUAGAACUUAGGUGGAAUCUUAGCCGACUGUUUAUCUUGUUCUUUAAUGUCAAUGGAUUCUGUGACUCUGGUAGGAAGUUGAACGCCUUGAAACUUCAUCCCCUUCUGAGGAGAGGAGGAGCUUAUGUGGCAAAUCCAUCUCCUCUCUUAAUUAACACAGUAACAAAACUUGUUUAAAUUAAUUAAAAAAUAUUUAUUAUGAUAAUCCCACAACCCCAACAUGGAUACGAUCAGCUUCCUUCUUCUCCGUCACAGCCGCCGAUCCUAAUCCUUUCGCUUCUCCAGCUUCCUUCUUGAAUAUGGCUUCUGCUCUUGGUCGAUUUGGAAGAAGAUCGCCUCAUUCCCUUUCGAGCAUCAAGUGCUGUUCAUCUUUAUCUUCCUCUCAUUCGGAUCUUCCACGCCAAUCCACUGCCAAAUCCUUGAAUCUCUACUCCGCUAUCAAUCAAGCGCUUCACCUUGCGUUGGACACUGAUCCUCGUUCUUAUGUGUUUGGAGAAGAUGUGAGCUUUGGUGGGGUCUUUCGUUGCACAACAGGAUUAGCUGAACGAUUUGGCAAACAUAGGGUUUUCAACACCCCUCUUUGUGAGCAGGGAAUUGUGGGAUUUGGCAUUGGUUUGGCAGCAAUGGGUAAUCGAGCAAUAGCAGAAAUUCAAUUUGCAGACUAUAUUUUCCCUGCUUUUGACCAGAUUGUGAACGAAGCUGCAAAGUUUAGAUAUCGAAGUGGAAAUCAAUUUAAUUGUGGAGGUCUGACAAUCAGAGCCCCCUAUGGGGCUGUUGGCCAUGGUGGACAUUAUCAUUCACAAUCUCCUGAAGCUUUCUUUUGUCAUGUUCCUGGUAUCAAAGUAGUCAUACCCCGAAGCCCACGGGAAGCAAAAGGAUUAUUGUUAUCAUGCAUUCGUGAUCCAAAUCCUGUUGUCUUUUUCGAGCCGAAGUGGCUCUAUAGGCUGGCAGUAGAAGAGGUUCCUGAGCAUGAUUAUAUGUUGCCAUUAUCAGAAGCUGAGGUGAUUAGAGAAGGAAGUGACAUAACACUUGUUGGGUGGGGAGCGCAGCUAGCUAUCAUGAAACAGGCCUGUCUUGAUGCUGAAAAGGAAGGAAUUUCCUGCGAACUGAUAGACCUGAAGACCCUAAUACCGUGGGACAAAGAAACAGUCGAGGCCUCUGUCAGCAAGACUGGAAGACUACUUAUUAGUCAUGAAGCUCCGGUUACUGGGGGCUUUGGUGCUGAAAUCUCUUCUUCUGUUAUGGAACGUUGCUUCUUGAGGCUAGAAGCUCCGGUUGCCAGGGUUUGCGGUAUGGAUACCCCAUUCCCUCUUGUUUUUGAACCCUUCUACAUGCCAACCAAGAACAAGAUUUUAGAUGCAAUCAAAUCGACUGUAAGUUAUUAGUGCAUAAAGUCGCAUCUCAACGCAUUUACUGCCCGAGCUACAUUGUAUAUACAGUCUAGUUGACACCCGUGCAUGGGGAUGGAGACCAGAAGGCAGGUCAGUGAAAGUUAUGGGUGGGUGGAGCUUGUUCAGUUCCUCAGCUGUGGGAGUUAGAUGAUUAAUAAUAAGUGGUUCUGCACUGUUCCUUGCUAUAAUUGAAAAUAGUGGAUUACUGGAUCCUCCAAUUAGUGGUUGGAUCAACUUCUACUUCAGUUGUAAAAAACCUCGUCUCCUCUGUACUAACUGUUGAUUUCUGGUUAUGGAAACAAUUUUUUUUCUUUUG